AUGAGCUCCCCCCCUCCAUCUCCGCUACCUUCUGCGUUCCCUCCACCAGCUCCUAUGGCGCUAGAUCCAAUGAAAGAGCUCCCUAAAGCACGUCAGAUUGUAAGUAUUAAUGAAGAAGGCACAAAUUUUACACUAGAUGAAGAAGCACUACGUUUAAUCUUUCAUCAAGUGCCUGAAGACAUGAAAGUCGCAAUAUUCUCAGUUGUAGGCGCUUUUCGCACGGGAAAAAGCUUUAUACUGGAUUUAUUUUUACGCUAUUUGCGUCAUGCUAGCCACGGACGAAUGCUUAAGCCUGAUGGUACACAGGAUGAGAAUGCAGAAGUCUGGAAAGCUUGGAUUAAAGAAGGCGUGACUGGAAGUGGAGAAGAAAAGCUUGAGGGCAAUUCUAAUGUGAAACAAACGUAUGGAGAAAAAGGAUUUAGUUGGCGUGCAGGGCGUAAACGAAAUACGACAGGUAUUUGGAUGUGGGAAGCGCCAUUUAUUCGCAAGAGCCAAACAGGCGAGGACAUUGCUGUGUUUUUAAUUGAUACACAAGGAAUGUUUGAUUCUGAAACGUCACAGAUGCUAACUGCUAGUAUCUUUGGUCUUAGUACUCUAUUGAGUUCGUAUCAGAUCUACAAUGUGGACAAAAGAGUACAAGAAGAUAAUUUGCAACAUUUAGCGCUUUUUACGGAAUAUGGACGAAUGGCACUUUUUGGCGACGCAUCUUCGUCGUCACUCAGUGACAAACAGCAGGCUCUGCAACAUGCCGCGUCGCUAUCAGAUCGCAAUCUAACGAAAACAAUGUCUUCAAUUAGCGACAAGGACGAAGAGCCAACGAAUGACAAUGAAAGUAACAAGGAAGAAGAAGAUGAAGUUUCGUUACGACCACGGCCGUUUCAGCGUUUGGACUUUUUAGUACGCGACUGGCAAGAUUUCUCUCGUAAUCAAACGCUGACAGAGAAACGAGAGGAUAUGGAACAAUAUAUGCUCGAAUUGCUGUCAUCUCGUAAACAAAAAGAUUUGGCCGAUACACGUGAACAAAUUAGCUCGUGUUUUGAAAAGGUUUCGUGUUUCUUACUACCACAUCCUGGUCAUGCUGUCACAGAGCGCGAGUAUGAUGGAUCAGUUGAGGCGAUUGACAAUCGAUUUUUGGAAUUACUUACGGCAUACUUGGACGAUCUCUUUGAUCCGGCUAAUUUGUUUCCAAAAAAAAUUCAUGGUGUCACUGUCACGUCGCGUGAGUUGUAUACAUACAUUAAGACAUACGCAGGUCUAUUCCGUGAAGCUUCGAUUUUUCCAGAAGCCAAGACGUUACUUGAAGCCACAGCUGAAGCGAAUAAUGUUAAUCAGCGGGACAAGGCUUUACUCAAAUACAAACGUGAGAUGGAAACUUUAGCAGGCUCCAAUUGCCAAUACGUUCCUGUGCAGACGCUGGAAAAUCAUCAUAAGGCAUGUUUGCUUGGUGCCAUGGACGUUUUUGACGAUGGUGCUCGUAUGGGACGCCGAAGUGAAAUUGUGCGCUAUCGUCAAGAGCUUGCAGACUUGAUUGAAAAGGAACGCCAUCGAUAUCUUGAGAUUAAUGCAGAGCGAGAUCCGUAUAAAAACUUGGAAUAUUAUUUAAUUCCUGGAUGUGUGGCACUGGCUCUGCUCGUGUUCCGCAUCUCGCAGGAUCUGUUGUGCUAUGAGCACAUUGGCUAUGAUCUUCCACUUUAUGACUGCAAACAAGUGAGCCACACGUUAUCACAUCUCUACUGGGCAUUGAUUGUGUUUAUGUUGCUAAUUAUGAUGUCAACGGGACAAGUCAUGUUUAAGCGUGUGAAGACUGUGAUUUCCAUUGUCAAAACUGCUAUUGAUGCCUCAAAGGAUGACGGGAAAGAGAAGAAGGAAUAA